UAAACAAGUGGAGCCGCAUACAGACAGAAGAGAGGGUGUCCAACUCCAACCAAGGGUUGACAAAAGAUGAAGGGUGUCUCCAUGGCGACGGUCAAGCUGUUGGAAUCGCACGGACAGAGUUUCUCUUGUAGCCAGUGAGAGGAGGCUUGAAGCAGCCUUUGCUCAGUGUUUUAGAUGCCAAUGGCAGCGGGAUGAGUGGAGCCCAACAGGACCGAGCCCCGAUGGCAGAAAACCUCCAUCUGAACAGGACUGCAGCUCAGGAACUGCAAGACGACGAGAUGAACGCGCCUCUGUUCGAAUUCAGAGUGUUUAAUAUUGUUAUCAUCGCCCUGGCCUUGUGCAUCCUCACUGUUACUGGGCUGUACUGCAUCGUCGUCUGUUACAACCGCACCAGACAGUCAAAGAGAGCCCAUCUUUACGAGAACGCUGUGACCCAUGGAGAGCUGGCGGACCCCGUGGCAGUCAAGGCCGUGAAGCGGUCAACCAGCUUCAUCAAUCCUCUCGCCUUCUUCAGGAAACCUGAGGCAGCAAAGGACAACUCCAGCAUCUACUACAUCUACAGUAACCCACUGCCUGUAGGAGUGAAGGAUGAAGACGAGGAAAGGCGCAACGUAGCCAGCGGGCGACCGGAGGAGCAGACCCAGCUGCUUCUGUCCUUGCAAGAGUACGCCAGUGACCCCAGCAGCGGCAUCGUGCUGGACCCUCCCAUAUUUUACAUGCAGCUUUAGAGGGCACUCCCUCCAGUUUGAGUUAAAUACGUGUGGAGUUGUCAUGGCGAGCAGCUUCAGCCUGUGGCACAAAUUAAAAGUGCUUCUCCUUACUCAGGAGGAACCCGACACUUGUUCUGAUGUAUCUACGCCUUUUGUCUGGAAGCAUUCCUGCUGUAGCUGACAUCAAGUACAGCACGAAUCCUGCUCAUUAUAGAGGAGCCUGCUUUUAUGUAAAUGUUAUGAUUUCAAUAUUGCCAUUUAAUAGGAAACAUUACAAAGCCUUUGAAAGUGUUACUGUACAGUACAAGUUUUCUUUUCUUUGUUUGUGACAUAAAACAAUACAUCAAAGAGUUUGAUUCU